AUGAUCGAGCUUUUUGCAAUCUUCACGAAGGGAGGGUUUGGAUUAUGGGCGUUCCAGGAGGGAGCAGACCGUUUUGUAGAGGCAAUCAAUGCUUUCAUCAAAGACGUCCUCAUCCAAGAACGCGCAGUAACUCAUUUCAAAUACAAUGACGUUACCAUCAAAUUUAUUCUAGACAACGAAUUUGAGCUGGUGUUUGUAGUUAUUUACCAGUCUGCAAUUCAGUUGUCUUACACGGAUAAGCUUCUCACAGAUGUUCGUCAGCGGUUUCGCGACAUGUACAAGAAUGUGCUUUUAAACAAGCAAGUGCUUUAUCAGUAUGGACAAGAGUAUUUUCGUCAUUUCGAGAACGAAUUCGUCAACAUCCGUGAUGAUCUGAUGAGAAUGAACGUUAGGUCGACUGCUCUUCCGAAGAAACCUAGAACGUUCCAAGAAAGUGCGAAAUCACAGAAAACCAUAGAGUCUAUUAUUGUUAGUCGUCCUGGAGAGGAGAAGAAGCAGAAAAAGGUUGAGCCAUCAAAAAAGAUCAUAAAAGAGGAGACUACCAUAGUUUCCACGGAUUCGGGCAGCGAUGUAGGCUCUACUCCUGGUUCGCCAACCGAUGACAUUGUCAAAAGGAGAGAGCAGUUCUUGCGUAAGAUGAAUGCGAAUCCCAAAAAGGCUGCUCCGAAGACACCAGACACUGAGACAAAGAAGAAAGGAAAACAAGCGCGUGUGUGGGAGCUGUCUGGCGAUACGAAGAAUGCCACUAAUCUUGACUACUCUGGUGACAAAGACAAGUCGCAAGCGAAUGGUCGUGAUGAGGAAGAUUUGGCGUUUAUUAGUGAGCAACGUAAAUUCGUUGGUAAAUCUGCUGAACUGCAAGGGUUUUCUGAUGAAGAAAGUGACGGCGAAGAAGAAAUUGUGGCCACUAAAGCCAGCGGUGGAUGGUUUGGUGCAUUCAAGAAUUUAGUCGGUAACAAAAAGCUUACAGCUGAGGACAUACAGCCAGUCCUUGAGACGAUGAGGGAGAAUCUGAUUCUGAAGAAUGUGGCCGCGGAGCCAGCAGAUAAGAUCUGUCAGUCCGUCGAACGAAAGUUGGAAGGCAAGGUUGUUAGUACCUUUAGCCGAGUCAGCUCUGAAGUGAAGGAAGCUGUCAGGGAGUCUCUCACUCAGCUGCUUACUCCGAAACGUCGUGUUGACAUCUUGCGUGACAUUGCGGAGGCAAAACACGAAGGACGUCCAUAUGUGGUCGUGUUUUGUGGUGUGAAUGGAGUAGGCAAAAGUACCAAUCUGGCAAAGAUCACUUUCUGGCUCAACGAGAAUCACUUUCGAGUCCUUAUCGCUGCGGGAGAUACUUUUCGUGCUGGUGCUGUUGAGCAGCUGCGAACUCACACCAAACAUCUCAAUGCCCUUCAUCCAAAUUCGGUUCAACUAUUCGAACAAGGAUAUGGAAAAGAUUCGGCGAGUCUAGCUGCCGCUGCUAUCGGAAUUGCUGCAGAACGUGCCAUUGAUGUAGUAUUGGUCGACACUGCUGGUCGUAUGCAGGAUAACGAACCACUUAUGCGAGAGCUUGCGAAGCUGAUACGAAUAAACGAGCCAGAUUUAGUACUGUUUGUCGGUGAAGCACUAGUUGGAAAUGAAGCUGUGGAUCAACUGGUCAAAUUUAACCAAGCGCUUGCGGACAACGCAACUCCAGGAGCUGCUCCUCGUCUUAUUGAUGGCAUCGUACUGACUAAGUUCGACACUAUCGAUGAUAAGGUUGGGGCUGCAGUCUCUAUGGCUUACAUUACGGGACAACCGAUAGUCUUCGUUGGUUGUGGGCAGACAUACUCGGAUUUACGUAAUCUUAACAUUGGAGCAGUUGUUUCCGCUCUUCUCAAGUGA